CCCUCGCCGCCGCCACCGCGGUCAGCCAGCGGACCAGCGGCAGGAGCAGUUCCCCGACGGGCAGCAGGGCGCUCGGCCUCCGCGUCUGGGCUGAGCGCGGCGACGCUGCUGCCCCGAAAUCCCUGUGGAUCUUGAGUCGUAUGGAACCUCAAGGUCUUUGUGACAAUGGAAACCAAAAAAUUAAUUGGUAAACCGCUUCAACCAGCAAGACCUGUUCGUCAUCUGACUUCUCCCCCAGGAGCAGUGUUCCCUUUCAACUUUCAGAGUGAAUAUCCAUGCAACACUCAGUGCGUACAAAGUGGAGUUAGCAGAUGUAAGACCAAUGGAAUGCAAGCCUUUUCUCAAGGUCUUAAUGAGCAACAGCAACAUCAGUCUCCAGUUAAAAAAGAGAGAAUUAAAUACAGCAGAGAUUUCCUGUUGAAGCUCUCAAGUGUUUCCAUCUGCAGAAAAAAACCAGACUUUCUGCCUGAUCAUCCCAUUGUACUGCAAAAACCAGAAAACAACCAAAGUUUUAAGUAGCAUUUUAAGAACAGAUGAAUUUGAAGAUAAAGAAUUAUUCAUUUUAUAGUUUGGACAUCUGCAAAUGAGGUGGAUCUAGCAACAAUAACUGUAAUGGACUGUGACAAUUCAGUUUAUUCUUAAUUUUGAUGGUUGGCUAUUUGACUUCUCUAAAAAUGAGAAAGAGCUAUUUUAAACUAUAAAGAAUUUUCUGAUCAGUUUCAGCUUUGCAGGAGGUUUCCUGCAUAAAUUGAGAAGUAACACUGGAAAGUAGGAAUUUGGUUAGUGAAGUGGGAAGACUGUAUAUUUAUAAUUUGCAUACUACUUGCAAUUUUUUGUUUUUCAUCACUUGUAAUAAUGGAAUGGAAAUGUAAGCUGUAAAGACUCUCAAAUAUAAAAUAUUUGCUACAGUGUAUAUAUGGUACAUAAUUGCUUGUUGCUUUUAAAGUUGCUUUUGUUGUUCUGCUUCCCACUGAUUUCAUACCAGCUCAUGAAUGGAUCAUUACAGUCUCUUCAGAGGCUUAGAAUGAUUCAGAAUGUUCAAUGCAUAGUUCUCAAUAAACAGGAGGCAGAAUUUUUAAUGGGUAUUUCUUUUCAGAUAUAUGAUUGGUCUCUAGGUUUUUGAUAAUAAUAUGGUCUCAAAUUCGUAAUUACUAGCAGAGAUUGAUAAUUUGGAAACAAUGGUAGUGAAUGAAACUGAAGUUGAAAUACAGCUGCUACUUAUGUCACUUAUCAGACCAUAUGAAUAGCAGAAGUUGAGCAAUUUCAAAGUAAAACUGAUAUUUUUAUUUCCAAAGGAAUUUAGACAUUUGAAAAUAAUUGACAUACAUUAAGUUUUAAUUCUAUAAUUUCUUAUAUAUGGAUGAAGAAUUUUUGGGUUUAAGCUUUUAAUUCCUAGAAAUUUUAUACAUUAAAUCUCCUGCAAUUUGUCAACUCUGGAUGUUACUGUUAAAAAAAAAAAAAAGGUGUCUUCCGGAAAAAUCUGCUGAUAUAUAGGUAAGUGUAAACUCUCCCUAAUUCUAUUUCUCAGAUCCCUAGGUCUAUUGGCAAAAAGUUUGUUUCACUGAAUUUUGAACUCCUAAACCAGUACUUUUUUUUCACUGUUUUUUGAGCUUGUUUCCCAGAUUCAAGCUUGUAUUCCAUGUUACGUUUCCCAUCUUGGUCUUUUAGUGACCUCUUUUUAAAAUUUUUUUAUUUAAAAAUUUUUUUUUUAUUUUACUACUUUGUUCUUUAGGAAAAUGGGUUUUUAAAUAGAAAAAAAAUCUUCGUUAACUAUAAACUUAUUGUUUACUUUAAAAUGAGAUAUUUAUACUUAGGUCCCAGUUUUUUCUUUUUUCUUUUUCUUUUUUUUUUUUUUUUUGGCCCUACUAGUUUCCUUUUAUACUAUAGGUUCCAGUAUAUAUGUGUAUGUGAAUACACACUCACACACAUUCACAUACAUACAACUCUCACAAACAUACACAAAAAUACAUGUAUAAUUUGUAUAAGAGCUGGGGUCAGAAUGACCAUAUAAUUAUAUUGGUUUGCUUUAUUAUUUGCCCAUUCUCAAGUCAUUCUAAUUCUUGUUUCAGAAUAUGAUAGAGCUUAUUCCAAUUUGGAAUCUGCAGAUCCCUUCCACUUAGUACUGUUACUGAAAACAGAACCCUUUUAACAAGUAAUACUACCAUGCUACUUUGGAAACUGCCUAGUACUCAAAAGAUUUGAUAUGCUUUUUGAGUUGGAUACUUAAAUGGACCAACCAAAGCAAUGUUUUGAUUGGCUAUAAUUUGUAUUUUUGAAACCAUUUACAACAAACAGUCUCAAGAAGAGUUUGUAUGUCAAAAGUCAUUUAGGUUUUAAAGUCUUUUGAUCUUUUCUUACUAUAUACAAUCAGUCUGCAGAGACUGUUAUGUGUCUAUUUGCCUUUGUACAUAUAUAUAGCUUGUUUGAAUAAUCAUGUAUAUCUCCAUUAAUGUUGUUCUUUGCUUUGUAUAUAAAUUAAAAGAGUUGACCCAGGUGUUGUUA